AUGUCCACUCAAGACCGUCCCACACGUCAGCAUCCGCGCCCUGGCGAGAAGUCGCGUGAACCCGGCCGUGAGCUAAUGCUUCUCCACUUCAUCUACGGCCAACCCAAUCUCGACGACAUCCGCGGCCACCCCGAGAAAGUAAUCGACCUGAUCCAUGAAUUCGAGAAGGAGUACCACUUCAUGAACGUCGGCCCCGCCAAGGGUCAGAUCGUGACUGACCUGAUCGACGAGCUCAAGCCAAAGACCAUGAUCGAACUAGGCUGCUACGUGGGCUACUCGGCCAUUCUCUUCGGGGAGCGAGUGCGCCGCAACGGCGGAGAGCGGUACCUCAGCCUAGAGUUGAACCCCGAAUUUGCCGCCAUCGCCAACAUGCUCGUCGAGCUAGCGGGCCUUCGUGACUUCGUGCGCAUCCUCGUCGGCCGCAGCGACCUAUCCCUGCACAAGCUAUAUACAUCCGGCGAUCUGACCAAGAUCGAGCUGAUGUUUAUUGAUCAUUACAAACCGGCCUACACGACGGAUGUCAAACUGUGCGAACACCUCGGCAUGAUCGCGCCGGGCUCGGUGCUCGCGGCCGACAACGUGCUCUACCCGGGGAACCCGCCGUACCUGGAGUACGUGCGCAGCACGGUCGAGCAGAAACGCGAGGCAGCUAAGAAAGGGCCGGCUAAGGGAUACGACAUUACGGGGAUUCCCAGUAACACGGCCCAGUCGUUCAUGCCGGCGAAUGACGUGCCCAGCUUUGAGACCGUCGGGAACCCGGAUCUGGUGUAUGAGAGUCAGCUCCGGCAGCCGGAGGGGUCGCGGGAUGCAAUUGAAGUGUCGCGGUGUGUCGGAGUGCAGGACGCGUAA